GGAUUGCGCUUUGAGAUCCUGUAGAUUAGUAAGUAACGGUACACCGUAGGUGAUCGCACCUCUAACUUAUCAAAAAUCAACGGCAGAGUCAGCGGUCUACAACAAACAAUCACCGAAUCACCCCUUCCCGUUCCCAGUUUGUUUUUAUCCGUUCGUUUUGUUUGUUGUGAACGUCAACGGAUAGUAAAAAUGGCGGCUUUUCGAUAUACACACGCUGUGGUUAGCCGAAUACCGAGUUCUUUGCGAAAUCGUGGAGAAAUUGACUUAGAAGAAGCCAAAAAGCAACACGAAAAUUAUGUGAGGAUAUUGCGGGAGAUUGGCUUGGAUGUCAUCGAGCUGCCUCCGGAUGAAUCAAUGCCGGAGUGUGUUUUUGUUGAAGAUACCGCUGUUGUAUGCAAUGGGACCGCGCUAAUUGCAAGACCAGGUGCGGCCCAUAGGGCUCGAGAGAUAGAGACUAUUCGAGUGGUAUUGAAGAAAGAAUUAGACCUGCCAAUUAUUGAAAUGUCAGAUUCUAAAGCCAGAUUAGAAGGUGGAGAUGUUUUGUUCACAGGUCGAGAAUUUUUUGUCGGAAUAUCUCAAUCCACGAACGAAGCAGGAGCCAGAGCAGUAGCAGCCGCAUUUCCAGAGUAUCCGUGCACACCUAUAAAGGUUCCGGAUUCCAAACACUUGAAAUCGUUCAUCACAAUGGGUGGACCGGAUUUGUUGUGCGUGGGUUCAAGUAAGGAAGCGCAAGAGGUCUUGAAGAGGAUGGAAAGGGAAGCUACAUUCAGUUACGGUAUUAUUACGUUGCCCGAAGAUGAGGCAGCAAAUGUUUUAUAUUUAAACAAUACAUUGGUGCAUAGGAGUGUUGAAGAAAUACCUCAGUCGGUGAAGGUUUUCGGUGAAAAAAUAGACUAUCCUAGACGAUGUCUUAACAUGUCACAACUAGCUCUUCGGUCUUGUGGCUUGACAUCAAGCUGUAUACUGGUUCGAAGGACUCGCCAUUUAAGAAACCUUUAAAUUAGUUAAGAAUGUGUGUUUACAAUGUAAAAAAUUACACGCGGUUCUGUGGGUUGAAAUGCCAAUAAGUUUUAUCGAUUUUUUUUUAUUUAAGAACACUGCGGUUCUUCGAUUAGAAGAUCUAGAUCUGUUUAUAUUCUUAAGCAAUAUAUUUAUGUAUUUUGAAGUAUGUAUUGUGGUAUUUUAAUUGAUUGGCGAUGGUGCAAGUAAAAGUUUUUUUGUGUUGGUACCGGAUGGAGUUUUCUUGAGAGUCGUGGAUCUGCACUUUUUGUGGAUCAAUACUAAAAGAAGAAUUAUGUGACUACAUAUUGUUGAGUCUGUUUCGUAUAGUAUAAUUAUAUUUAUAUAAAUGGUAAAAGGCAGAGAUUAAGAAUGAUACCAGAAAGUAGUUACACGAGAAGUUUCAAAUUUUUUGUUUAGAUCUGGGACGGCCAUGAAUAAAAAUAUUGCUAAGAUUGUACACAAAAUCAGGAAAGCCUUUACAUUAAGACCAAAAAGAUACUCAAGUGUAGAUACUCAAGACACUCAAGUGUAGUUGCUUGAAUGUUACAUUACCUUCAAACAUUGGUAAUGUAACAUUAUUGAUGGUACACGGCAGUACUACUAAGUUAUUUGCAUUAGUUUUAUGAAAAAAAUAAA